AUUUGAUGCUUUAAUUAUUCAAAAAAAUAAAAAUGCUUCAAAAUACUUUUAGUUUUUACUCUUAAAGUACAUUUUAGUACAAGUACUUCAGUAGUUUUAUUUUUACUUGAAUAUUCUUUAGCCCGAGUAUCUGUCCUUUUUCUUCAGUUCUGACGUUCCUCUGCCGUUCCUCCUCAGCUCCACGAUGUUCCAGCUGCUCCAGGGACCCCGCGCCCGCCGACCCGCCCGCCGACCCGCCCGCCUGGUCUCCAAGGACGGCCGCUGCAACAUCGAGCACGACCACGGCGCCCGCCUCGCCCUCCUCGGGGACAUGUGGACCACCGUCGUCGAAAUCCGCUGGAGAUUCGUCGUCCUGCUCUUCGUCGCCUCCUUCGCCGGCAGCUGGUUCUUCUUCAGCCUGCUGUGGUACUGGAUCGCCAGGAGCAACGGAGACCUCGCCGGCCAAAACCGCACCGUCGGACACGCCAGGUGUAUAGACAACGUACACGGCCUGACCACGGCCUUCCUCUACUCCCUCGAAACUCAAACGACCAUCGGAUACGGAGGACGGGCGCUGACCGGCAGCUGCCCCGGGACCGUCGCCCUCAUCGUGGUCCAGUCCCUCGUAGGCGUCUUCAUCAACUGCUUCGUGUGCGGCGUGAUCUUGGCCAAAAUCUCGCUGCCGAAAAAGCGCGCGAAAACGGUGACCUUCAGCGACACGGCGGUGAUCUGCUUGAAAAACGGCCGCCUCUGCCUCCUGAUCCGAGUCGCAAACCUUCGGAAAACGCUGCUAAUCAGGAGCCACAUUUACGGAAAACUCGUACGGACUUCGUUGACGCCGGACGGAGAGGCGGUCAUUCUGGACCAGGUGGACGUAGAAUUCGCGGUUGACGCAGGGAAGGAUAACUUGUUUUUCGUUUGCCCUUUGACGCUGUACCACGUGAUUGACAGGUCCAGCCCUUUUUACGAACUUUCCUCGGACAGCCUCCCGCAGCAGGACUUCGAGCUGGUUGUUUUUCUCGACGGAACCGCCGAAUCGACAAGCUCUUCCUGUCAGGUACGCACCUCCUACGUCCCUCAGGAGGUCCAGUGGGGGCACACCUUCCUGCCCAUCGUCUCCAAAACCAAAACGGGGAAGUACUGCGUGGAUUUUUCGAACUUUUCCAGGAGCGUUCCGGUGAGCACGCCCCACUGCGCCCUCUGCUUCAGCGCCGAAGUGGAGCAGAGGAACGCCAACUGCCCGAGCCAACAGAACCUCGCCAACCACGCCAAACUGGGCAUCGACAACCUGGGAUUUCAAGUGAUAGACGUGGACACGGAAACAGCCGACAUGACCAAGAUGUGACCCUCGACCGUUUAUAAAAAAAGGACACGGCUCACCCGCUCGCCGCCGUUUCAGGACGCGAGCAUGGGCUGCAGUGGACUCACCGUAAUCUCCGGACUGUUGGGCUGUUGGACCUGAAUUUAAGCCGCAUCAAGUAAAUAAAAAAAAAAGAAAAAGAAAAGUGUCCACGCUGUAACUUGACAUCGGUGUUGCCAGAUUGGGUUUAAUGAUUUCCGCCCGGUCGUGUUCGAAAACUCGCCGUCUUCCUCAAAGAAACGACCAACUACGUUUUGUCACAGAAAACAUUUCAUCUUUGUUCAAACGUGCCUGAUCCGCCGUUGGGCUUUUAAAAAAAAACUUUGCCAGGAUUGAGAAACACGUUCGAUGUAAAACAGUAUUUUCA